AUGUCCCGACCCAGGGCUGUGCGCUGUGAUCUCUGGAUUGAAGAGGAUGCCAAAGUCAAUGUUGAUUAUCUUGCACAUUCCUGGACGUAUGAUGAGAUGUGGGCUACUAGAAAACAUGUUCGCCAAAUAAACCAGCAUAGUCUUGUUAGAUGUCGAUUCGAAAAUGCUCUUUGGAGAGCAUGGCUGGCUUCUACCAGGCAAACCAUUCGCAUGCCAGCGGCGUUUAUAUCCUGGGACAAAGAUAGCGACAUUACCUGGCUCUACGGUCCACUAAAGUCUAGCAGAAGCCCCAGUCCAACACCGAGCGAGGCACCCCCGGCGCAAGCUCCUAGAAAGCCUUCUCUGAAGCGAAAGCCCAGCAUUUGGGGACUUUCAGAAGAAUCUUCAAUGUCCAACGACUCUACAGAUGGAAAGUCUCUGCUUGGCCGGUUCUGGAGCAUAACCAUCCAUUCAGUCCCGAGUAUAAUCCUCAGCUCACGCGAAAACUGGAACAAGCGAAGAAAAUGCCGCGUCCGAUUUGAAGAAGAGGUACAGCAAUGCCAGUACGCUCGUGACGGAAACACAGUAUCGCAAUACAGCUACAACUACAACUAUCCUUAUUUCUUGGAAGAGGCUCGACUGUACGGAAGCUAUCAGUGCCAGCAGACAAUCGAACCGCUACCGUCAACAUUCCUCACUGGCUACGAAACGCUUCCCCCAGCAAACUCGGACCAGUAUUAUUCUAUGUCAAAUUUCCUUGAGGAGCUGGAUGAGGUGAUAUGA